AUGAAUUUUUCUCAAGUUUUUGAAAAUCAAAAUUUCCUAGCUAAAUUUAUUGAUGAAGGAAUAUUACUUUCCGUAUUAUAUGUCUUGAUUUUUAUAAUUUUAUUUUUAUUCUACAUCUUAGUAUUUCCAUUUUAUGUUUAUGUGAAUAAAGUCAACAAGGAAAGAGAUAAAAAUGCAUUUGUAUUUCCAAUUACCAAUCAUUUUUUUGAAAUGACUAAAAAUGCUUUUAUAGGAUAUAUCUAUUUUCCAGUCAAUUGUUUCUUUGCAGUUGCACUAAUUUACAAGAAAAGUUUUUUCGUUGUUCCUUUCCUAAUUGUGAUGGUUAUAAUAAUCUUCUGCUUGCACGUAAUCACUCAAAUAUUUUACUUGCUCAUAAUUGUUCUUGCCUUUGAAAGAUUCCUUUUAUAUUUUCUCAAAUCAACUGAACGAACUCUUCAAAUUAUUCAAACAUUUAUACAUAGACACUUCAAUUCAUUUUAUGCAAUUUUUGCAAUAAAAGAUGCUUUAUACAUUAUUUCUUGGCUUGUAUCAUCUGGAAAUUACCAAUUUUGGCUGGAGUUUUCGUAUAUGACAGUAUAUUUUGCAACUCUAAUAUUUAUAUUUACAUCUGCAUUUUUCUACAUUCCAAUCAUGAUCAGUGUACGAAAAUUAACCAAUUUGACGUCUGCAAAACAGAGUAAUCCUGAAAAAUACAUUUUCUGGCAGACUAUUGUUAUAUUUAUUUGUAAAUCGAUCGCGAUUCCAAUAAUUGUAGAUUUUUUUAUACACUCUGAGUCAACUAUAGGCGUUUUAGUGGAUUUCCUUAUCAUAUCGGAUUUGGUGACAACACCUCUAAUAAUUCAAUUGUCGUAUUUGGGAUGCAACAAACAAAAUUUGACAGUUCUAAUGUCUGCGAUCAAAUUUAAAGCUUUUGUGAAAGGGAUAUUCACCCGAAACAUCGUAUCCCCUGUUCAUCCAGAUGUUGAGAGAAAUGUCGGGAAUUAA